AUGUUCCAGGUCGCGUCUCACCCCCCUUCCCCUGCCUUCCUCGCCCCGGGUCGUCGCGAUUCGUAUUCGCAGUCGUCGCGCUCUUCUCCCGCACCUCUUCAACUCCCACGGACCCUCGCACGUCCUAAAUUCGAUGAAGUCUCGCCAGCCGCACUGGCUGCGGUCGCCCCAGAACUCGCGUCGGUUCCGCUCCCCUUCGUCCGCCAAGGGCUGCGCGUGACGGCACCGCAGAUGUCGAACGGCCUCUCCAUCGCUGCCGCCUCGAUUCCCAAGACGUGUCCGCGAUCCCAGCUCCCGUCCGCGAUCUCCCUCUCCGCGCCCAGCCGCGAGGACGUCACCUACCCCACGCACAUCCUUGCGCUGUCCACGACGGCCAAGAGCGCCACGGAUGACGCGCUGAUCUACCCCGUCCACGGCGUCCUCCUCGCCGCGCAUUGCGCCAAGCUCCCCCGGCUCCCGCCUGCCUCCCCUGCCGGGCACACGGUCCCCAUCCUCCCGCUUGCGGUUCCGUCCCCCAGCGCCUUCGCGCUGAUCCACACGUGGAUGUACACCGGGCGCCUCGACGCCGUCCUCGCGGCGCUUAUCCCGCUCCCUACGAGCUUCCUCGGCUCGCUGGCCGCGGCAACGAAGCCGGCGGGCGGGAUGUCCCUGCCGAAGGCGUACGACGACGGCGAGGCGAUCCCGGCGACCUUCACCUCGCCGUCGACCGUCCACGCGCUGGCGGUGCACGUGUGCUCCGUCGCGGGCGGCAACGUCGGCACGCUGAUGAUGCAUGCGUCGCACGUCAAGGAGCUGUGGCAGAACCUCGUCGCGCUAGGCGUCAACGACGCGGGUGUCUGGGCUGCGCUGGAUCUCGCGUGGGAGGUCGUGCUGGGCUCGUUGAGCGUCGCUGCUGCUGGUCAGUAG